AACAAUUAAAUCAAUAAAUAAUUGCAAAUAGCUGGGUUGCUUAAGAGGAGAGAGAACGAAGAGGAAAAGCUCAUCUGCAACUUCUUUGAGUUAUCAUCCUCUAUAAUUUCUUAAUAUUCGUGUAAUAAAUUUUCAUUUUCCGCAAAUGGCAAACUACGAGGAAUCAAACCCUCUUUUACCAAACGAAAAACAAGAAUUUCAGACAAAAGAUGAAAAGAAAUCCUCCACCGCCACCGCCACCGCCACCGCCAAGGACGGCGGAGCCCCGCCGACUGCGGCGAUUUCAAUAGGAUGGACGGCUGAUGGGCUGCCGGUGGGUGAGCCAACUAUGGAAAGGUCCCAGUGGGAUUCCAGCUUACUCUCUUGUCUUGGAAGAAACGAUGAAUUCUGCAGUAGCGAUCUUGAAGUUUGUUUGUUGGGUAGUGUUGCUCCUUGUGUGCUUUAUGGAACAAAUGUGGAGCGACUCGGAUCUGCGCCUGGUACUUUUGCUAAUCACUGCUUGCCGUACACCGGUCUUUACUUGAUCGGGAAUACCUUUUUCGGCUAUAAUUGUCUUGCUCCUUGGUUCUCUUACCCCAUUCGUACAUCCAUCCGUCGGAAAUUUAAUCUCGAGGGGAGUUGCGAGGCAAUUGUUAGGUCUUGUGGGUGCUGUGGGAGUGUUAUUGAUGAUGAUGUUCAACGAGAGCAAUGUGAAACUGCGUGCGAUUUCGCGACACAUGUGUUUUGCCAUGCAUGUGCACUUUGUCAAGAAGGUCGUGAAAUUCGUCGGAAGCUUCCACAUCCUGCGUUCAAUGCUCAGCCGUUCUUGGUCAUGAUUCCACCUGGUGGACAAAUCAUGGGCCGUGGUCUGUAAUCGUCUCUAUUUUAUGUUUUGUUUAGCUUAUAUAUAUAUAUAUGUGUGUGUGUGUAUGCAUACUUUGUUGAUGAGAACUUCUGUUGAUGUUGAUGUUGUAUUGUAUGUGCUUUAUUCAUUUGUUUUGUUUAUCGAUUGCUUGUAUGGAAAGUCCGUGUAGUAUUGAUUGAGAUAAUAAACUUGGUUUCCUCGUAUAAAUGAGAUUACUCGUGUCGCUCUUAUA